CGAAUAUUCGGAACGGGGCUCCGGGAGCUGCCCAGACUUGAUGAAUCCUUUCUUUCUGAUCUCUACUUUCUUCAUCGCAAACACGUGAGCACCCCCCUGGAGCAAGCCUGGAAAACAAUGGCAAUCGAUGCAUUGAACGCAAGGACUGUUUUUUUAACCAGUGAGGUUGCAAAUCAGCUGCAGUCGGAGCAAUGGUUAAAAAGUUAAGAUGAUGAGCAUGACCGACGUGUUCCCCUUCACCGCAGACGGGAUCUCCAUGAGGUGCUUCUCCCUAACAUCCGAACCAUCGCCGCCGGCAAUGGCGUGCUCUGGAGCUAUACAUCAUCAUCAUCCCCAUCCCCAUCCACUCCCUCCAUCUCUUGUGCUCGUCGGCAUGUUACUUAACUCUGCCAUCCCAACGUCUCACAGGACCAUGGAUCUCUUGCUAUCUGGGCCUGCCUUCGUGUCACGCUCUGCCCCCUUUUAAAUCCGCCCAUCCUCGUCCCUCCUCACUCACCGCAUCGACCUCCCCGUCCGGGGUUUUCUGGUAUCUACCCGUCGAUCGCCUCCCACCACCCCCCUUCUAGAUGCAGCACGUCGGGUCGGCGAUUUGGGACCGCCAAAUGGCCGCCACAACCCACGUCAACGUCCGCGAUGCGGGUAGCACUCAGCCCCUGCUCAGUGCUGACGAGUACGAUGCCUAUUCGUGGGUGUUGCUUGAGGACCAUCCGUUGCGCUCCCAUCCUACGGAUUGCUGUCCCGGUGUACUUUGGAUGCUUCGGAAAUGCUGUGCCGCAGUGACCAAGAGAUGGAGUGAUCGCGCACUUACCCUGAUUUGUUUGUUCUUGAUGUUCUUAGUGGCGAUUCAGUUUCUCUCGCUCUUGCCAUAUGGCGUCUCCUAUCUCUUCUUACACGAGCAAUACAAAGCGCAGUCGGGGUUUAUUCAUUGGCCUGCGGAGUUUGAAGGCCAGCCGGCUGCUUGUAUAUCCUACAACCCACGAGCUCAUGCAGAUGCCAUCCAGUACUCCCUUGCGGCGGGCUGUACUGGAGUCAAGGCCGAUAUCUGGGUACAGGACGAUGACAUCCUUGUAGGCUCUUCAGUGUCAAGCCUUAGGAACGAGUCCACGCUGCGCAAGGUGUAUCUGGAGCCACUACUGGACCACCUUGAUGCUAUGAGUUUAGCCGAAGCGCAUCCUGACCAGGACUUCAUGCCGGCCACAACAGGACUGUUUGGACAAGAUGCACUGCAAUUCAAAUUGUACUUGGAAAUCCGGUCAUCUGCAGAGAAGGUGUGGCCUCGUCUCUUGUCUGAAUUGGCGCUUCUCAGCGAACGUGGGUACCUUACCCAUCGAAAUGGGACGCAGGUCCUCCCAGGGCCUAUCACUGUUGUUCUGACAGGUCGGGAGCAAGUAAACUUUGAUGGACUCACCAUCAGCCCUGAGAGCGUCGGCAAUAGUGUCUUCUUGGAUGAAUCAUACGUAAUGGGGUCUGAAGCGUCUGCUGUUGUACAGACCUCGACGGAAGAAGAAAGGGAGGCUUCUGAGCAGGACCCACGAGAAACCUUUUCAGGCGUCGACGGACAGACAGUCCUGGCCAAUGCCCUCCAAAUGUACAGUGCCUCCAUCAACUUCAGCGUGACCAUUGGAUCGCCCCAUCGCGGGCGAUUUUCUCGGCAGCAGAUCGAGAGGAUCCAGGAUCAAGUGCGAACUGCCCAUCAAAAGGGGCUGUUGGCUCGGUACGAAGGCAUACCCUGCUACUCAGAAGGGAUGCGCCGCACUAUUUGGCGUAUCUUGGUUCACGAGGGGGCGGACCUCAUUGAAGUGGACUGGACUGGGUGUGCUAGCCGAGGCUGGCGGCGAUUCUUCAGCAUCGGGUCGCGGGGGACCGUCCCGGCCGCCAGCCACCCGCUGCAUCCUCGCUGGACAUGGGGCGAGUAAUUGUGUCCCGUGAGGUGGAAAUCCUUCUAUAUGAUAAUGAUUAGUGCUUUGAAUGCAAGUGAUACCCGACACUGUAGG